AAAAAUUCCUGAAGCAUAUGAAACUUUGAAUUUAAGGGAUCAGAGGUGAUGAAUCUCUCUUGUUAGCAGAAAGUAUGAUUAUGCCCUCACUUGCUUCGUGCAAGGUAUUAACUUUGGUAAGACGUAAAUGUAUGCCUAAUUUGCCACCCUAAAGUUGUAUCUUUAUCUUCCUUCAAUAGCACUGAAGCCCAGGCAGCUUAGACUGUCUCAUUUUUCAUUAUCAGGGUUUCACAUGACUAAACCGGACAUGAUCCUCAAGUUGGAACAAGGAGAAGAGCUAUGGACAACAGGGAGAGUUUAUCCAAGUCACACCUACCUAGAAGAAGAUGGGAAAGCUGGAGAUGUUUUAGUGAAAUUCAGAGAAUACCAAGACAAGCAUUCCAGAUCAGGUGUAUUCAUCAAUCACAGAAAACUAAUUAAGGAAAGAAGUAAUGUUUAUGGGAAAACAUUCACUCUAGGCAAGAACCGUAUUACUUCAAAAACAACACUGUGUGAAUAUAAAACUGAUGGAAAAGUUUUGAAAAAUAUUUCGGAAUUAGUCAUUAGAAAUAUAAACCCUAUAAGAGAGAAGUUUGGUGAGACUAAUGGAUGGGAGAAAUCACUUCUCAAUACUAAGCAUGAGAAAAUUCAUCCUGCAGUGAAUCUCCAUAAACAAACAGAGAGGAGUCUCAGUUGUAAACAGGAGCUUAUUCAACAUCAAAAGGUCCAGACUCCAGAAAAACUAUUUGAACAUAAUGAAUGUGAAAAAUCCUUUCUUAUGAAAGGAACGUUAUUUACACACACUAGAGUUCACAGAGGUGGAAUACCGUUGGAAUACAAUAAAGAUGGAAUAGCCUACAUCCGGAAGUCAAAUAUUGAUGUCCAUCCACAAGCUCUUAUGGAAAAGAAGCCCUAUGCAUACAGUAAAUAUGGGAAAUUCUUCUGCAGGAAGUCUGUUUUUAUAAUGCAUGAGAGAUCGCAAACAGAGGAGAGACCCUUUCAGUGUCCUUACUGUGGGAAUGGCUUUAGGAGGAAGUCAUAUCUCAUUGAACAUCAGCGAAUUCACACGGGUGAGAAGCCUUAUGUUUGUAGUCAAUGUGGGAAGGCCUUCCGUCAGAAGACAGCCCUCACACUUCAUGAGAAAACACAUAUAGAGGGGAAACCCUAUAUUUGUAUUGAUUGUGGGAAGUCCUUCCGCCAGAAGGCCACCCUCACUAGACAUCACAAAAUACAUACAGGGGAGAAAGCCUACGCAUGUACUCAAUGUGGGAGUGCCUUUAGAAAGAAGUCAUACCUUAUUGAUCACCAGAGAACUCACACAGGAGAGAAACCAUAUCAAUGUAAUGAAUGCGGGAAGGCAUUUAUCCAGAAGACAACCCUCACUGUACAUCAGAGAACUCACACAGGAGAGAAACCCUAUAUUUGUACUGAAUGUGGGAAAUCCUUCUGCCAAAAGACAACCCUCACUCUCCAUCAGAGAAUUCAUACUGGGGAAAAACCCUAUAUUUGUAAUGAAUGUGGGAAGUCCUUCCGUCAGAAGGCAAUCCUCACUGUUCAUCAGCGAAUACAUACAGGAGAGAAAUCCAAUGGAUGUCCUCAGUGUGGAAAAGCCUUUAGUAGGAAGUCAAACCUCAUUCGCCAUCAGAAAACUCACACAGGUGAGAAACCAUAUGAAUGUAAAGAAUGUGGGAAGUUCUUCAGUUGUAAGUCAAACCUCAUUGUCCAUCAGAAAACUCACAAGGAGAAACUGUUGGAGUUUAGUAAAUGAUGUGACUUUUUUGGUAAAAACUUUUUAAGUCAUAGUAAACCCUAUACGCUAUAACAAUACUGUGCAGUUUAAGGUACUAUAUCACAUAUUUACCUACCGUUUGCUAGCUUAUAUAACAUAAAAAAUGAGUUACUAGACAAAUUAAUUGACAAAAGUCAUUGAAAAUUGAAAGUGACAAGCCAGAUUUUUUAUUAUUAGGUGAGGCAGAUAUAAACUUCCUCUGUCAAAUUGCUAGGAGCCCUGGUAGUGCAGUGGUUAGGAACUCAGCUGCUAACCAAAAGGUCAGCAAUUUGAAUCUACCAGCCGCUCCUUGGAAACCCUAUGGGGCAGUUCUACUCUGUCCUAUAGGGUCACUAUGAGUCAGAAUCAACUCAGCGGCACCGGGUUCUGUUUUUGGUUUUUUUCAAAUUUCUAUAAACAUUUAAAAUUGCUUAUUUCAAUACAUGUAUUCUUGUGAACCAGUAAUAAACAGUUGGCUCCAUGAAGUGUGAACUGUAUUUCUCAUUUCAGUAUGGAACAAAAAUUAGUUGUUACCUCCUCAAAGUUAAGCACAGUUCUGACUUCUAACAUUAUAAAUUAGUUUUCACAUAUUAUAAAACUAUAUAAAUUAGAAAAUACAUUAUGUAUAAGGAGCCCUCGUGGUGCAAUGGUUAAGUGCUUGGCUGCUAACCAGAAGUUUGCUGAUUCAAAC